AAAAGGAAGCCUUAUGAUAUUUGGUCCAACAUUAGACUCAAAUGAUGGAUGCCAUUGACAACAAGUGCACAGACCCCAUCCAGGCAACCGAGGCCAAGGAUGCUGAAAGACCCAAAUGGGACAACAAAGCUCAGUACCUGCUGACUUGUGUUGGAUUUGCUGUUGGUCUAGGAAAUGUAUGGCGAUUCCCCUACUUAUGUCAAACCUAUGGAGGUGGUGCCUUCCUGAUCCCAUACCUCAUAGCCCUGGUUUGCGAAGGUCUGCCUCUGCUUCAUUUGGAGCUUGCAAUAGGACAAAAGCUCCGGACCGGCAGUAUUGGAGUCUGGUACUCGAUCUCACCAUACCUUGGGGGAGUAGGUUUGGCCUCUAUGACAGUGUCCUUCUUGGUGGGUUUAUUCUACAACACCAUCUUGGCAUGGGUCUUGUGGUACUUCUUCCAUUCAUUCUAUAACCCGCUUCCCUGGCAUCACUGUCCUACUAAACCCAACCUCACAGAAUACAUUGAGGAGUGCAAACAGAGCACACCUGCCAAUUAUUUUUGGUACAGAGAGACUCUGAAUAUCUCUCCAAACAUUGAGAGCAGUGGGAUCAUACAAUGGAAGCUGGCGGUAUGUCUGGCUGCAGCAUGGUGUAUAGUCUAUGUCUGCUUUAUCCGAGGAAUUGAGACCACUGGAAAGGCAAUAUAUGUGACAGCCACCUUCCCUUAUGUGGUGCUCACCAUUUUCCUGAUUCAGUCCUUGACUCUCCCAGGUGCUACCCUCGGACUAAAGUACCUCUUCAGCCCUAAUUGGGAAACACUGAAGAACCCAAAAGUGUGGUUAGAUGCUGCAACUCAGAUUUUCUUCUCUCUGUCUUUAGCCUUUGGUGGGCUCAUUGCAUUUUCCAGUUAUAACCCAGAAAAGAACAACUGUGAACGAGAUGCUGUCAUUGUUGGUUGCAUCAAUAGUGCAACAUCAAUCUAUGCUUCUAUACCCAUCUUUGCAAUCCUGGGAUUCAAGGCUCAAACCAAUUACGAAGAGUGCAUGAACAGUAAUAUCAACAACUUGGAAAAUACUUUUAAUAUUUCGGAUCAGAAUAUUACAGAGACAAAUUAUAAAGAGUGGCUAACAUAUCUGAAUGCCACAAAUCAAGGGCUUGAUGGAAGUCUUAACUUGACGACAUGUGAUCUUCAUACAUUUCUCAAUAAGAGUGCUUCAGGUACUGGCCUGGCGUUCAUCGUAUUCACAGAGGCAGUGACAAAGAUGCCAGGCUCUCAGGUUUGGGCAGUGCUUUUCUUCAUCAUGCUUUUCAGUUUGGGGUUGUCCUCCAUGUUUGGAAAUCUGGAAGGGGUCCUAACUCCACUGUUAGACCUGCACAUUGUUCCUAAAUGGAUGCCCAAAGAGCUGUUAACAGGUCUUAUAUGCCUAGUCUCCUUCAGUAUUGCACUGAUAUUUUGUCUGCAGUCUGGAAACUACUGGCUAGAAAUAUUCGACAGCUAUGUGGGGUCUGUGCCACUGCUAGUCAUUGCCUUUUUUGAGAUCAUAGCCGUGGUUUAUAUCUAUGGUAUUAACAGGUUCAACAAUGAUAUCGAGUGGAUGACAGGACGGAGGCCUAACCUGUACUGGCAAGUGAUGUGGAGGGUUAUCAGUCCCCUCAUGCUUUUGGUGGUGUUUCUGUCAUAUGUGAUUGUUGAGGCCCAGAAGCAGCCAACCUACUCAGCGUGGAACCCAUAUCAUGCUCAGAAUCUGCCAUAUCCAGACUGGGUGUUUGCUAUUUGUGUUCUUCUGUCUGCUGUGCCAUGUUGUCUUAUUCCACUAGGGGCGCUCUACCAAUUUAUUCAGCUCCUCAAUAAGCACACAAACAGAUGCACUGCAGAACCUUAUGAUGUUGAAACUUAAAGAGAAUAACAGCUAUUGAUUCUUAUUAAUCAUCCAUAAAAAAAUAAAACCACCAAUCUCCUAUGAAGAAUUCUUAUUAAAAAAAUAAUUUCAAAUAAUAGAUCUAUGAUUAUCUCUUUGAACAAAGACUUUUUUUUUUUUAAACUGGCUCUUAACUUGACUUUUUAUGUUUUAAAUGUGUUUCAUUAACAGGAUGAUGCAAUUUGUGUUUCUUAUAUACAUGUAUUGAUUAUCUGACAAAAGGCAACUAAAUAUUUGUUCACAAGAUAUACUGGCACUCUUCCUUGUCUGAUAACAUUCAGCCACACAAUAGUCCAUCUGUGUCUGUGGCUUUAAAAAACAGGUACUGGAUGUUUCAAGAUUUUCUCAUGACAGAAUUUCUUUCCAAACACAGAAAGAAACACUACAACAAACCAUAUAGCAGAAAAAAAGAUUUAAUAUCUUUCACUGAAGACUAUGUUCAGUCAGUGAAUAAGUAUUAGAAGUGAUCUUGUUUCAGUGAUGACAGAAAUUCAGGGAUUAAAUGUGUUAACAAAUAUUGCCUAUUUUCAGCUAAUACAUACAUUAACAGAGAGAGAGAAAAAAAUAGUUUGAACAGUGGUCAAGUAGUCAUAAAUGAAUACUAACCAAGAUAUUUUAACAGUGCUAAGCAGUGCUGAUGAACAAAUUCAAGCUCAAAUGCAUCAGGAUAAAUGAGCACAGCAAAUAUUGUUGUAAACAUUCUCAAGAGGUUUACUGUCCUUUUAUUAACUGUAAAAAUAUUUAUGCAUUUACUGUGAAAUAUUGUAAAACAUUUGUUUUAAUACAGUAUGUAAAAUGUAUAACCUCAUAUUAAUUCUGAAAAGUAUAAUAUGUUGACAAUGCAUGUACUUGUGUUCUAUCCAAUU